AUGGUUUCUGGACUGUGCAACAUGGACCAACCUCAUGAUGCAGAAAGUGUUAUUGAAGAGAUGAGAAUCGAAAAACUCAAGCCCGGGGUGUUUGAAUAUAAGUCUGUUUUAUACUGUUAUGGAAGAUUAGGAUUGUUUGAUGACAUGAACAGAAUAGUGCAUAGGAUGGAGACAGAAGGUCACAAAAUUGACACGGUUUGUUCAAACAUGGUUCUGUCUUCUUACGGAGCUCAUGAUGCUCUUCCCCAAAUGGGUUCUUGGCUACAGAAACUUAAGGACUUCAACGUUCCUUUGUCCUUAAGGACGUAUAAUACGGUCUUGAAUUCUUCUCCUACGUUCACAUCACUGUUAAAAGACUUGAAUAGCUGCCCGCUUUCUGUUUCCGAACUGCUUACUUUUCUGAAUGAAGACGAGUUGGUUCUGGUACGUGCAUUGACUCAGUCAUCGGUUUUAGAUGAAGCCAUGGAAUGGAGUUCUUUAGAAGGCAAGCUGGAUUUACAUGGUAUGCACUUGAGCUCGUCGUAUUUGAUAAUGAUGCAGUGGAUGGAUGAGAUCAAAGUUAGGUUUAGUGAAGAGAAGUGUGUGGUUCCUGCAGAGAUUGUAGUUGUUUCGGGCUCUGGAAAGCACAGUAGCGUAAGAGGAGAGUCACCGGUCAAAGCAUUGGUUAAAAAGAUAAUGGUUCGUACCGGAAGCCCUAUGAGAAUUGACAGGAAGAACGUUGGUAGUUUUAUUGCUAAGGGAAAGACUGUAAAAGAAUGGAUUUGCCAAUGA